CACAGCUAUCCCAUCAGAAAAAUGUUCGCUAAAAUUUUAGCUGUCAGCGCUUUGGUGGCUGUGGCCCGCGCUGGUCACCUCGGGCUUGGCGGAUACUCGGUGUCCUCCCAGCACAACCUGGUGCACCACGACUCGCAUUACGCGGCAGCUCCCCUCGCCACUUACGCCCACGCUACGCCCCUGGUACACGCCGCGCCCGUCGUACAUGCUCCCGUCGUUCACGCUGCUCCCGUCGCCCACGUCAUCGCUGCCCCCGUUGAAGUACAUGGAGGCCACUACAGCCACGGACAUGAGGACUACUAUGCUCACCCCAAAUACAAGUACUCCUACUCUGUGGAAGACCCUCACACUGGCGACCACAAGUCCCAGCACGAGGUCCGCGAUGGCGAUGUCGUGAAGGGAGAAUACUCUCUGUUGCAGCCUGAUGGCUCUUUCCGCAAGGUGUCCUACACAGCUGAUGACCACAACGGUUUCAACGCGGUCGUGCACAACUCCGGCCCCAGCCACCACGUGUACUCAUCCCAACACCACCACUACUAGAUCUCUGUACAAGGAAGCUUUAACCACAAUGUACCUUAUUUAUACUCGCUGUGAUCUUCGUGUAUGUUCUUUUGUUUAUAGAUAAUAGUCAUUAAAAUUAACAUAAAAAACAAGGCCUUUUUUAAUUG